CACAUGCGAUUUCAGUCGAAACGCGAAACUCGAGGGAAGCACAACGGCGUCUUGCGCUACUAACGUGAAAAAAGUCUCGUCAAUAAUAAUAUUCAAUACUGUUAAAUCUCUGUUAAGCAAAAAUUAAUUCAUUGUAGUCAAUUUUCAACAACAGACCCAAAAGGGUUUCCUUGAAAAUAUUGGUGUUCGACUUAUCUAAAAAGUAUCCAGCCAACCCAGUCAAUAAAUCUCAUACAAAAUGCCGAAACCACUCGUCAACUCCUGCUGCUUAUGCCAGUCGACUCGAAAUGGAUCUGUUAUAUCGGGAAUUCUGGCAAUUGUGCUAUCAAUAAUCACAAUAAUUGUCAUAUUUACAACACGUGUGCAUUUCAAGACAAUUGUUUUUGAUUUUAUUCCAAAUGACGUGGCAAAAAUUAUUCUUGUCAUAAAUCUUUGUAUGACUAUUCUUAUAUCACUUUUGAUGAUCGCUGGAGUCCUUAAGCGCAAUCAUUUUCUUAUGGUGCCUUGGGUAGUACUCGGAAUUAUGAUCGCCAUUGGCUUGCUGAUUUCUGUUAUCUACACUGGUGUCGUCUUUUUCAUCGAUGGAUUCGUGCUGACCGGUGUUCUAUGGCUAAUUUUCGGUUUAAUAUGUUGUGCUGUGCUCACAUAUUGUUGGUGUGUCGUCUACAGCGAAUACGUUAAUUUAUCAGAGGAAAGCGAACGUGGUCGCUACAACAAGCAGCCAUACCGUCGUUAAUAGGAUGGUGCGGACUCUAAAGGUCCCAAUUCAAUCAACAUCAUCCAUCCAAUUCUGUCAUUGGGUUUACUUCACGCUCAUAUCCUACCUUUUAGUUGAUAAUAUGUACUAAUAGAGCUUAGCUCAUAUGUGUGACUAAUAAUUUUAAUUUAAUAUUUAAAAAAAAUUGUCUUCACCAGUACAGAUAUUUAUGUAUACGUAUAACAUUAAUUUAUGAGGCCUUAAUAAGUGCAAUUGAAUUACUUUAAUAUUAAUGUAUCACUGUCAAAAAAAAAAAAUGUACGUAAUUUUUGUAAGCAGAGAAUA